AUGGAUCGAAGUUGGAUGUAUGGUAAACAAAAUUGUACAAGUUUUUUACAAGGAACUGAAGAGUUUAGCACUGUUGCCUUAAAACACCAAACAGAGAAUAAAUCAAAGAUUAUUCUUUGUCCUUGUUGUGACUGUAAUAAUUCGAGGGGAUAUCGUGAUAUAGUUGAUAUUAAAGAUCAUCUAAUUCGUCGUGGGUUUAAAGAAAACUACACGAGGUGGACAUGGCAUGGUGAGAGCAUAUAUAUUGAGGCAAGUUCUAGUUAUUGUCCAAGGGAAGAUGAGAAUCAUUGUGAUGAUGAUAAUGAACACCAAGGUGAGGAUAUCGAUACAGCUGAUGAUAUUGGUGUUGAAAGUGAGAGUGAAGUGGAGAAGGACAGGAUAGAUGAAAUGAUGCAUGAUGUUGAAGACCACUUCACGGAGUGUCCCCAGACAUAUGAUAGUAUUUUGAGAGCUGCUGAAACCCCGUUAUAUCCUGGUUGUACAAAGUUCACUAAACUUGGUGCUAUUAUGAAGUUAUUCAACUUAAAGGCGAGCAAUUGUUGGACCGACAAGGGUUUUACGCAGUUGUUAGAAGCCUUAGUAGAAAUGUUUCCCGACGGGAAUGAACUUCCAAACUCCACCUAUGAGGCCAAGAAACUUAUGUGCCCCUUGGGUAUGGAGUAUGAAAAGAUACAUGCUUGUCCCAAUGACUGUGUGUUAUAUCGAAAUGAGUAUGCUGAUUUGCAUGAGUGUCCAAGGUGUGGAGUUUCUCGUUACAAGAUGAAUGAUACUGGUGAGAUGUGUAAGAAAGGGUCUCCGGCUAAAGUAUUAUGGUAUCUUCCAAUUAUACCGAGAUUUAGGAGACUCUUCUCGGAUGAAAAAACUGCAAAAUUAUUGAGGUGGCAUGCUGAUGGGAGGAAGAAAGAUGGGUUAAUGAGGCAUCCUGCUGAUUCCCCGCAAUGGAGGAACAUUGAUCGAAAGUUCAAGGACUUUGGUGAAGAAGAUCGAAAUCUUAGGCUUGGUCUUAGUACAGGUGGAAUGAACCCAUUUGGGACACUAAGUACCCAAUAUAGCACCUGA